AAUCCAACAAAUUCAUUUCACCAAAAUUAAGUGCGGCUACUCGCUCGACGGGUUUGCACGCAGCAAAGGCGUUCCCGUAUGGCGGCAGCGCGCCAGCUCCACGGCCUCCUCCGCCUGCCGCCUCCCCGCCCCCUCCGCCCCGUCUUCGUGCCACCAACUCCCUGCCGCGCGCGCCCUCCCCUCGCCUCCCUGCGAGCUCCACAGCCACCACCUCCUCUCCCCAAGAAACGCCUCUCCAGCGCUUCCGAAGCCAAGAGCGAGACGGCGGCGGCGUUAGUGGGGGAGGAGGAGGAGGAGAAUGGAGCGACGGAGGAUGAGGCGCGGGGGGCGCAAGAAGGGGCGGAGGGAUACGUGGAGAGCGUUGGCGCCGGGGACCCGGCGGGCCCUCCGGCCCAUCACCUUGCGGUCCGCGCUGGUCUUGGGGACCCGGUGUUCUUCCUCCUGACCUUCGUCGCCGUCACGACAUCCGUUGCCUUCAUCAGCAUGGUAGCGGUGGCGAUUCCUACGAUGCUCGCUAUGAGGAGAGCUGCAAAUUCAUUUGCUCUGCUGGCUGAUGCAGCUCUGGAUGAGUUACCGAGCACGAUGACAGCUGUAAGACUCUCUGGCAUGGAAAUCAGUGAUUUCACCCUUGAACUUAGCGACUUGAGCCAAGUGAUAGCGGACGGUGUGAACAAGUCAACCAAUAUUGUUCAAGCAGUAGAAGAUGGAAUUCCUCAACAUAUAUGUCGAGGCAAUAGAAUACCUCAACUCAGAAAUUAGUGUGAUUAACCUGGCCCAAAGAAACAUAAAAAAAACUGGAGGGAAAGGGUUUGCAAGUGCAUCAGAUUGUUUAGAAACCUGGGAUGACUCGGACAACAUAACGGCUAUAAAUGCUCAAAAAGAUUUGAGACAUGCUACAAAAAUGGUGG